UAUACAUUGUUAUACCUCUUGCAUAGCAACUGAAAUACAUCCGCCACGAGACUAGUAACGGCCACCAACGGCCACUGGUCGGCGGUCACGACGGGAGACGAUGGUAUUGUCUUUCAAUUUCAAUCUUUGUCAUAAUCUUUAUAUGGUCUUUGUCCUGUCUUUGAUGGCGGAAGAGGACUUUGAAAGAUUAUUUGAGCAUGUCUUUGGGGAAAAUAAUCGACAUUACGGUUCGUGACAUUCGUUUUCCAACCUCUCUCGGAUCUCAUGGUUCAGAUGCAGUGCCCAUCCUUUCGUCUUGCCCGUUUACAGCACAAAGACCCGGAUUAUUCCGGUGCAUAUGUCGUUGUGAAGACUGACCGCCAUGACAAGCUUUGUGGUUUUGGACUGUCGUUUACAUUGGGUCGUGGGACCGAAAUAGUUGUCAGCGCGAUAAAGGCAUAUGGGCCAUUUGUAAUUGGACUCUCCCUUGAUUGGAUAUUUUGCCACUUUGGCGAGUUUUGGCGGUGGUUAGUUGACGAAAGCCAGUUGAGAUGGAUUGGUCCUGAGAAAGGGGCACUUCAUACGGGACUCGCUGGUAUCAUCAAUGCGCUAUGGGAUCUCUGGGCGCGUAUUGAAGGAAAGCCAGUUUGGAAGCUUCUGGUUGACAUGGAGCCGAAGAAAUUACUCUCGACAAUCGACUUUAAACAUAUAGAUGACGCGUUGACGAAAGAGGAAGCUCUAGAAAUUCUUCAAAAGAACUUUGCCACAAAAUCAGAAAGAGAACAGAAUAUUUUGGAGCAUGGUUACCCAGCUUACAUUACGUCAGUUGGUUGGCUUGGUUACGACGAAUCAAAAAUCCGUAAACUUUGUCGCGAUGCUUUGGCCGAGGGGUGGACAAGAUUUAAAAUGAAAGUUGGUUUGGAUGUGGAGAAAGAUUCGGAAAGAGCCGCGUUGAUUCGUGAAGUUGUCGGGUGGGAGAAAGAUUUGAUGAUGGAUGCUAACCAAGUCUGGAGUGUCCAAGACGCCAUCGUAAACAUGAAAAAACUCGCCCCUUACAAACCGAAGUUCAUUGAGGAACCCACACAUCCCGACGAUGUUUUGGGUCACGCGAAAAUAGCCGAUGCCCUAAAUCCCGAGGGUAUCGGUGUAGCUACCGGAGAAGUGUGCUGUAACAGAGUGAUGUUCAAACAAUACUUGCAAUCCAAAGGCUUGCAAUACUGUCAGAUCGAUAGCUGUCGUAUGGCAGGCUUAAAUGAAGUAAUCGCUGUCCUUUUGAUGGCGGCAAAAUUUCAAGUUCCCGUCUGGCCGCAUGCCGGUGGCGUCGGUUUGUGUGAAAUGGUUCAACACAUUUCCAUAUUUGAUUACAUAUGUAUAUCGCCAACGCUGAAGGACAAAGCAACUGAAUAUGCCGAUCAUUUACACGAACAUUUUACAGAUCCACCUGUUGUUAUGAAUGGUGCUUAUCUUGCACCUAAGGCUCCAGGAUAUAGCACGGAAAUUUUCAACGCAUCUCUAGACAAAUACGACUUUCUAGAAGGCAGUUAUUGGCGGCAUGAUGGUGUAGAACCCAGUUCUCCUUGUGGUUUUACUCGGUUACAGAAAAAAAUGGCGGGAAAAGAUAAGUAGUAGGGCAUAGAAAUAUUGAAUUUUUGUAUUUUGAUAUUACAGUAUUUUUAUUUUCGUG